UAAUACUUUAAAUAGCCUCCUUCUCUCUCUUGCACUUUCUCCCCGCAGUCUGGAAGCUCUGUUUCAUUGUCCAUUGCUCACACUGCUCUCUAAACCCUGUGGGCUGUGGCGCACUUAAUUUCCCAUUCUCAAUUGGGAUUGGGGUUUAGAUUGCCGAUCAAACUCCCAAUUUCCGUUGCUCAUUAUAUCAUCAUCAUACGGUUGAUUUUGUUCAAAGUUGGGAUUUUGAUCCUGGUGAGAUAAUGGAUCUCCCUAGUCUGGCUGUUGUACUCCAAGCUGCUCUUAGUCCGAAUCCUGAUGAACGCAAGGCAGCUGAGCAAAGCUUGGAUCAGUUUCAGCAUGCACCUCAACAUCUUGUGAGGCUGUUACAGAUCAUUGUAGACAACAACCGUGACAUGGGCGUGCGCCAAGUUGCGAGCAUUCAUUUCAAAAACUUCAUUGCCAAAAAUUGGUCUCCCCAUGAUUCUGAGUCCCAGCAGAAGAUCUUGCAGAAUGAUAAAGACGUAGUGAGGGAUCACAUUCUUGUGUUUGUAACUCAAGUUCCUCCCUUAUUAAGGGUACAACUUGGUGAGUGCCUGAAAACAAUUAUACAUUCUGAUUAUCCUGAGCAGUGGCCACAUCUUCUUGACUGGGUGAAGCAUCACUUACAGGAUCAACAAGUCUAUGGUGCCUUAUUUGUUUUGCGGAUUCUUUCUAGGAAAUAUGAGUUCAAGUCAGAUAAUGAGAGGAUGCCGGUUCAUCGAAUCGUUGAGGAGACAUUUCCUCACCUUCUCAACAUAUUUAACAGGCUUGUUCAGAUUGCCAAUCCAUCACUCGAAGUAGCAGAAUUAAUAAAGCUUAUCUGUAAAAUCUUCUGGUCCUCCAUAUAUUUGGAGAUUCCAAAGCAGUUGUUUGAUCACAAUGUCUUCAAUGCUUGGAUGGUGCUAUUUUUAAAUGAACUAGAGAGGCCUGUCCCGUUGGAAGGUCAGCCUGUAGAUCCUGAGUUAAAAAAAUCAUGGGGUUGGUGGAAGGUGAAGAAAUGGACAGUUCAUAUUUUGAACAGGCUGUAUACUCGUUUUGGGGACUUGAAGCUGCAAAACCCUGAAAACAGAGCUUUUGCCCAAAUGUUUCAAAAGCAUUAUGCAGGGAAGAUUUUGGAGUGCCACUUAAAUCUGUUGAAUGUUGUUCGAGUUGGUGGUUAUUUACCUGACAGGGUUAUCAACUUGAUUCUUCAAUAUUUAAGCAACAGUAUUUCAAAGAAUAGCAUGUAUUCUUUGCUUCAACCUCGGCUAGAUGUUCUUCUUUUUGAGAUAGUGUUUCCCCUCAUGUGCUUUAAUGAUAAUGAUCGGAAGCUUUGGGAUGAAGACCCCCAUGAAUAUGUAAGGAAAGGCUAUGACAUUAUUGAAGACUUGUACAGUCCUAGAACUGCUUCAAUGGAUUUCGUGAGCGAGUUAGUUCGGAAACGUGGGAAAGAAAAUCUUCACAAGUUUAUUCAUUUCAUAGUCAAAAUCUUCAAAAGGUAUGAUGAAGCUCCUGCAGAAUACAAGCCCUACAGACAGAAAGAUGGUGCUCUUCUUGCUAUUGGGGCACUUUGUGAUAAAUUGAAGCAAACUGAGCCGUACAAAUCUGAACUUGAGCCUAUGUUAGUGCAACACGUCUUGCCUGAGUUUAGCAGUCCGGUUGGCCACCUUCGGGCAAAGGCCGCAUGGGUUGCAGGACAGUAUGCUCAUGUCAACUUCUCUGAUCAAAACAAUUUUCAUAAGGCAUUGCAGUGUGUUGUGUCUGGGAUGAGAGAUCCAGAACUUCCUGUACGGGUUGAUUCUGUUUUUGCUCUGCGUUCGUUUGUUGAAGCAUGUAAAGAUUUGAAUGAAAUUCGUCCUAUUCUUCCUCAACUCCUUGAUGAGUUUUUCAAACUCAUGAAUGAGGUUGAGAAUGAGGACCUCGUAUUUACUUUGGAGACUAUUGUGGACAAGUUUGGGGAAGAGAUGGCACCUUAUGCACUUGGGUUAUGUCAAAAUUUGGCAGCUGCAUUUUGGAGGUGUAUGCACACAGCUGAAGUUGAUGACGAAGCUGAUGAUCCAGGUGCGCUGGCAGCAGUUGGUUGUUUGCGUGCUAUUAGCACGAUACUUGAAUCAGUGAGCAGGCUUCCUCAUCUUUUUGUUCAAGUUGAGCCAACUUUGCUUCCCAUAAUGUGCAGAAUGUUAACAACUGAUGGUCAAGAGGUAUUUGAAGAAGUUUUGGAAAUAGUAUCAUACAUGACUUUUUUCUCUCCAACAAUAUCGCUGGAGAUGUGGAGUCUUUGGCCACUGAUGAUGGAAGCACUGGCAGAUUGGGCCAUUGAUUUCUUUCCAAAUAUCCUAGUUCCUUUGGACAACUACAUUUCAAGGGGAACUGCAUAUUUCCUUUCUUGCAAAGAGCCUGAUUAUCAACAAAGUCUAUGGAACAUGAUUUCAUCUAUUAUGGCAGAUAAAAAUAUGGAGGACAGCGAUAUUGAGCCAGCUCCAAAGCUUAUUGAAGUUGUUUUUCAGAAUUGCAGAGGGCAGGUGGAUCACUGGGUUGAGCCAUAUCUCAGAAUAACAGUUGAGCGUUUGCGUCGAACUGAGAAAUCAUAUUUGAAAUGUCUUCUCAUCCUAGUGAUUGCAGAUGCACUUUACUAUAACGCAGCACUAACUCUCAGCUUAUUGAAAAAGUUGGGUGUUGCAUCAGAAAUAUUCAAUCUUUGGUUCCACAUGCUACAGCAAGUCAAAAAGAGUGGUGUUCGUGCUAAUUUUAAAAGGGAACAUGACAAGAAAGUUUGCUGCCUUGGUUUAACAUCAGUAUUAGCAGUUCCAGCUGAUCAAUUGCUAGGAGAUGCCUUUGGUAGGGUGUUCCGGGCCACACUUGAUCUUCUGGUUGCAUACAAGGAUCAAGUUGCAGAAGCUGCAAAGGAAGAAGAAGCUGAAGAUGAUGAUGAUAUGGAUGGUUUUCAAACUGAUGAUGAUGAGGAUGGCAAUGGUGACUCUGACAAGGAAAUGGGCGAUGAUGCUGAGGAUGGGGAUGAAGCUGACACAGAAAAGCUUAGAAAGUUGGCUGAACAGGCAAGGUCAUUUCGACCCGAUGACGAGUAUGAUGAUGACUCAGAUGAUGGCUAUAGCGAUGAUGAAGAGUUGCAGUCUCCAAUAGAUGAUGUGGAUCCUUUUAUUUUCUUUGUUGAUACAAUGAAAGCGACGCAAGCAUCAGAUCCAAUGAGGUUCCAAAACCUGACUCAAACCCUUGAGUUGCAAUAUCAAGCUCUUGCCAGUGGUGUUGCCCAGCAUGCUGAGCAGAGGAGAGCAGAAAUUGAAAAGGAAAAACUAGAGAAGGCACAAGCUGCCACAGCUUCAUAAGUCUCUGGAUGUACAUUCUUGGUCAUGUUUUUCUCUCUUUUUUCUCAAAAUGCUUAAUGGAAGUACAGGAAUGCCUCUAUAUUUGAGGUACUGGUCAAAAGAAGUCAAAAAAAAAAAAAAAAAACUGUCAGUUUUGAUGUUCUCUCAUAGCUCUGGGCACACAAGUUCCCUUUGAAAUCAAAGAAUGUUUGAUUCAGGGAACGUUGGGGUCGGCUUUUUUUGGUGAGCGUGCCCAUUUUUGCAUGCCUAUGUUGUCUUUUUCUUCUCACACCGGUCGGUCUUCCUUGUUCAGUCAGCAAGAGUGUGGUCCGUACAGAUUCGGCCUGUCACAUAGAUGGGUAGUGUUGGGUGGCCAAUGGAUGUAUUGGUAAUUUUUGGUGAGAUUUUAUUUUUAUCGCCAUUGAAAGAUCUGUCAUUAUAUAUAUAUAUAUAUAUAUAUUACAGUGGAGCAUAGUCUUCAAGUAUUGGCUAAGGGAUUAUGCAGAGCGUAUGGAUGGUGUCCUACGAAGGUUGUGAAACAGUUCUUUAUUCUUUUAUGAUAUAUCAAUUUUGUGGGAUUAUUUUA